CGAGGUGGUGUGGGGAUUGUAGUCCGUCCCGUUUGGCCCAGCCGAGGGACUGUCCCCUCAGCUCCCAGGUCCACCCCAGUGGGCACACGCUCAGGCGGCGCUCCUACCCCGCGCUCCCGCCCUCUGCUUUCCAUUCCAGCCGCCACGAUCUUGGAAGAUUCCCCGAGGGGGUGCACCGUUCCUGGAGCUUUGAAACCCAGUACAGAAGGGAAAUCCACCGAGAACAGUCUGAAAAGGUUCACUGUGAGACCAUGUCAUUUAGAUUUGGCCAACAUCUCAUCAAACCCUCUGUGGUGUUUCUGAAAACUGAACUGUCCUUCGCCCUGGUAAAUAGGAAACCUGUUGUACCUGGCCAUGUCCUCGUGUGCCCUCUGAGGCCAGUGGAGCGCUUCCGUGACCUACGUCCUGAUGAAGUGGCCGAUUUGUUCCAAGUGACCCAGAGAGUAGGGACAGUGGUAGAGAAGCAUUUCCAGGGGACCUCCAUCACCUUCUCCAUGCAAGAUGGUCCUGAAGCUGGACAGACUGUGAAGCAUGUACAUGUCCACAUUCUUCCAAGGAAAGCAGGGGACUUCCACAGAAAUGACAACAUCUAUGAUGAGCUCCAGAAACAUGACAAAGAGGAAGAGGACUCCCCAACCUUCUGGAGAUCUGAGGAGGAGAUGGCUGCAGAAGCUGAGGCACUGCGUGUUUACUUUCAGGUAAACAUCAAAUACUUCACCUUCACCCAGAUUUCCUGA